CUUGAUAGCUUUAAUAGUUAUGAUGAUUGUUGAAUCGUCAAGUAUCCGAGGAGUGGGAGUAUUAGGAUAAAUAUCGGCAUUCGAAGCUUUUAUAACUUCUCGAGAGUAUGAAGCAACGGCAUUUAUUAUAAUCGACAAUGCUAUUGAAUGGUUGUGUUUUGCAUCGAACUCAUGUUCCUUAAAAUAAUAACUUGUUUUUACAUCAUAAUUAUAUUCAAGAACGACAAGAAAUUUGAAUAUUUAUUUUUCAUUCUUUCAUUGAGAAUAUUUUCUAUUAUCAAAAUUUAUUUAUUAAAUAUCGCUGUAAUAAUAAUGUGUGUAUAAAUGUUAUUUAAAAUUGUAAAUAUACUAUAGAAGAAUAAUAAGUUAUUAUAUUUAGUGUUUCACGUAAAAAUAAUUUUAAACAUGUUGAACAAGGCGAAGAACACGUUUCAUCAGAAAAUGUCUCAAUGCAACAAAAAAUCUUGUUAUGGAUAUAUCAAACGAAGAUUACCGAUUUUAUCGUGGGCAAAAGACUACAAAUUUACAUGGUUAGCGCAAGAUGCAUUAGCCGGCUUAACGGUUGGCCUUACAGCUAUUCCACAAGGUAUUGCUUAUGCUAUCGUUGCUAACUUAAGUCCUGAGUAUGGAUUGUAUGCAUCUUUCAUGGCCUCAUUCGUAUACAUUGUUUUUGGUUCUUGUAAAAAUAUUACUAUCGGACCAACUGCUAUUAUGGCAACGAUGGUGCAACCUUUGGUAUCAAAAUACGGUCCCGAUAUGGCCGUAUUGCUUUCGUUUUUAAAGGGCUGUAUGAUAGCAAUACUUGGAUUACUUCAUUUGGGUUUUCUGUUGGAUUUCAUUUCGUUACCCGUGAUUACGGGUUUCACCGCGGCUGCGUCCAUUAACAUAGCUGCUUCACAAAUUAAACCAUUGUUAGGUAUCCCUGGUAGAAGCGAAGACUUGGUAGAUGCAUUAAUUUCAGUUUUCUCGAAUCUUAAAGAUAUUCGCUAUCAAGACACAUCGCUAGGUGUUGCAACAAUAAUAUUUUUGGUUUUAUUAAAGGUAUAUUUGUAUGCCUUAUCGAAGAUAAAGGAUAAGUUAAGUGACAAUUUACCAGGACGUCGAACUGGUAGCUGGCCACAGAAAAUUGCUUGGGCUAUUAUUCUUGCGCGUAAUGCAUUAGUGGUUAUCAUAGGUACUGUGAUUGCCUAUAUUUUUUACACAAACAAUGAAGAACCUUUUAAGUUAACCGGAUCAAUGGGUAAUGGAUUACCACCGAUUAGUCCACCACAUUUCUCAAUAUCAGAUGGAAAUCGUACAUACGAUUUUCUUGAAACAACAGCUGCUAUGGGAACAACACUUUUUUCUGUUCCGAUUGUAUCUACGAUUGAACAUAUGGCGAUAGCAAAAGCUUUUGCAAUGGGAAAGUCUUUGGAUGCAACACAGGAAAUGUUCGCGUUAGGUUUGUGCAAUAUAUUUGGUUCAUUCGUUCGAUCAAUGCCAAUUACAGGUUCUUUUACAAGAACGGCUGUUAAUCAUUCAUCAGGAGUUAAAACAACUUUGGGAGGCUUAUUUACAGGUUGCCUUGUCUUACUCGCUUCUAGUUUGUUAACAUCCACUUUUCGUUUUAUUCCUAAAGCCACUUUAGCUGGUGUUAUAAUGUGUUCUAUGUAUUAUAUGCUUGACUUUAAAACGUAUGCAUUAAUAUGGCGUGCUAAAAAAAUUGAUUUUCUACUGAUGUUGAUUACAUUAUUAUUUUGUGUCUUUUAUAAAUUAGAAUGGGGAAUCAUUAUUGGUAUAGUUUUAAAUUUAUUAAUAUUAUUAUAUUUCUCCGCUCGACCUUCCGUCCACACCGAAAUCGAACAGACAGAAGAUAAAAUCGCGAUUCGUAUCAUUCCUGAAGAAAGUAUUACAUUCCCAGCAGCAGAAUAUUUUAGAGCCAAUAUAAUGCAACUUUCAGAAAAAAAUUCGCUUAAUGUUGUACUUGAUUGUAAGAAUGUAAAAAGGAUCGAUGUAACAGUUGCAAAGAAUCUUAAAUUGUUAUCCAACGAUUUACGACUUCGAGGACAAAGUAUUGUCUGUGAAAAUUGUCCAGAUAAUAUUGGAAAUAUAUUAAAAAACUGUUGCUCCAGAUCUCUGAAUACACAUGUACAAAUUUAUAAACUAAUUCAUGCAAUCAUGAUUUUUAUUUGUUUUAUAAAAAUAAUAUAAAGUUUAUGUAUUUUAUUAUAUAUAUUAUAUAUUAUAAUAUUUUAAAUUAAUGAUGAAUAAUUGAAAUAUUAUAAAUUCUUAUAAAAAAUAAUAUUAUUUAUGAUUAUUUAUGAUUAUAUCCACUUUAUUAUCUAUUUUAAAUAAAGAGAUUU